AUGGACGGACAGUGCAGCACGUCCGGCUGCUCUGGCGACGGGUAUAGCGCCGCCCAUGUCGGCACAGCCUUUGUCACAGCGCUGCUUGCGGCCAUCCUGCUCGUGCCGCGGCUAUGGCGCCUCACCGGGUCGACGGUGGGGUGGUACGUGCGACAGAAGUCGGAUGGCCGGCGGCAGCGGCUGCUCCGAGUGAUGGCAGCGGAAGAGCUGAUUUUCCAAGAUGAAAAGAAGACCAAGGCGAACAAGAAGACGGACGGUGGCAGCAGCGAGUCGGACUGGGAGAACGUUGAAGCAUCGCCGGCGGACUCGGCAGCGAGCGACGACAAGGGCGAGCAGCAAUGGGACGGAAUCGUCGGCUUCUUCCAUCCAUUCUGCAAUGCUGGUGGAGGUGGUGAGAGAGUCUUGUGGGCAGCGAUCCGGGCGACACAGCAGCGCUGGCCCAAGGCCAAGUGCGUGGUCUACACGGGCGAUCACGACGCCCCCAAGGACGCCAUCCUCCGACGGGUGCAGGACCGCUUCAACAUUCACAUCCACCCGCCGACGGUGACGUUCCUCUACCUCAACACACGACGCUGGGUGCUGGCAUCGACGUGGCCGCACUUCACGCUGGCCGGACAGUCGUUCGGGUCGAUCAUCCUCGCCUGGGACGCCUUCUCGCUCCUGGUGCCGGACGUGUUUGUCGACACGAUGGGCUACGCGUUCGCGCUCGGCUUCUCCAAGUUCCUCUUUGGCAGCGUGCCGACAGGUGCGUACGUGCACUACCCGACCAUCUCGACCGACAUGCUGGAGUCGCUCAACCCGACAUCGGCGGUGGGCGGCCAGGGUGUCAACGCCGGCCAGGGCGUGGGGGCACGCGGGAUUGCCAAGCGGCUCUACUGGCAGGCAUUUGCAUGGCUGUACGCAUCGGUGGGCGCGUCGAUCGACGUGGUCAUGACCAACUCGACUUGGACCCAGGCGCACAUCCAGAAGCUGUGGGGGCCGCUGCGGCGGGCACGGCGACGAGACGUGGCAACAGGCGGCAAGGACAUUGCAGUAGUGUAUCCGCCGGUGGCUGUCAGCGAGCUGGAGCAGGAGGUCGACGUGUCGGCAGCGAGCGAGGCGGGCCGUGAGAAGGUGCUGCUGUACAUUGCGCAAUUCCGGCCGGAGAAGAACCACUCGCUCAUCCUCAAGGCGUUUGCCAAGUUUCUGCGCAAGUGGGAGGAGGAGAAUCCGACAUCGACAACGACAGACAAGCCGAAGCUCGUGCUCGUCGGCAGCGUGCGCGAUGACCACGACUCCAAGCGGGUGUACCAGCUGCGGCUGCUGGCCAAUGAGCUGCAGAUCCGCGACGCAGUCGAGUUCCACCUGGACGCGCCGUGGCCCGAGAUCCUCCGUUGGCUGCGUCGCGCUUCCGUCGGCGUCAACGGCAUGUGGAACGAGCACUUUGGCAUCGGCGUGGUCGAGUACCAGGCAGCUGGCCUCGUGGCCGUUGUGCACAACAGCGGCGGUCCCAAACUGGACAUUGUCACGCCCAUUGACGGGUUGCCGACGGGCUUCCACGCCACAACGGCGGACGAGUUUGCAGACGCCUACGCGCAGGCGCUCUCACUGCCGGAGCCGCUGGCCUGGCGCGAGCGUGCACGCCAGUCGGCCAAGCGGUUCACAGAGGAGGAGUUUGCACGGCGCUGGGUGGCCCAGAUGGAGCGACUGGUGGCGCUGACGAGGGAGUGA